GCGUCAACAUAUGUACGCUAUACGUAUUUAGAAUUAUCACUGUAAUAAAUAAUAUAUGCAAUUAUUUAUAUUAUAUUCAUAACUUAUUUCCGAUGGUCGUUUUUUCAAAACACAAUGGGCCGUUAGAGUCCAAAAAGAACACAACGUAUAGUAUAUUAGUCUACGUAUAUAAUAUAGAUAAUAGAUACAGAUACGGAUCUCCCUUUUGCUACUAGAGGUCGCUAAUAUCCGCAUGUAUGUAUACGCGGUAUUUUAUGAGUUCGACUCAGCUCAGACCCGUUGACCGUUGCGCGUGGGAUUUCAAGUAUACCCGUGUCUUUCUUAUACUUAUAGGUAAUCGUGUAUACUUUGUAGCGAUACAGAAAGUAAACAACGAAGGACCCAUCAGCUACAUAUUUUUCGGAACGUGGCCUCAAAGCGGAUACCUUUCAGAAGGAAAAGGGUUACAAUGGCUAAUGACGAGAACGAGGAGGGAACUUUUCCUCCUGAUGAUGUCGAACCAUAUGCAUAUAUACACAUAUCCCCUGCAAAAACAGGAGACAAGUUCAGAAGAGAGAUAGUGCCUAUCUCAAUACUCAAAGAAUUCGAUUAUGUCGAGUACCAAUUCAACCCCAAAAAUUUCAAGGACAAAGUUUUCAAGGCAAAAAUUUAUCCAGAACAAAAGAGAGUGGCUUGUUUUGUGUUAUAUGUAGCAGAUAGUUACAAUUUGGUAAGGGAGUACCUUGACAAGAACCAAAACAAAAGGUUUGCAGUACCAAGAGCAAAAUAUCCACUUAAUGAUACUGGUGAUACUACAAUACAAGAUGCAUGCGAAUCAAGUGAUAAACACAGAAAACGUGGUCUCAACGAACCAGGUGGCUCUUUUAAAGUAACAUCAGAUAUUGAGAACGAUGAAAUGAUCGAGAUGGAUAAACAAAUUGUACAGCAAAGUAAAAAAACUAGAAAGGAGGCUAAAAAAAGAGUAAAAGCAGCCGGCAAAAAGAAUUCCCAGAAUAUUCUGAACAAGGACUUAGCAACUGCUUUACGGAAUGAUUCAGUCUUGAAUAUUGAAGAAAACGAUAAUGGAUUAAACCCUCUUCUAUCAUCUACUCUAAAUGAUUAUCAUAAUCAAUCAUCAACGACAGAACAGGAGAAUGAAUCUCUUGCGCCAAGAAAUGCAUACGUAAUGCAAAUCGAGUAUUACAAGAAGAAAUGUGCGGAAAAAGAAAAAGAGAACGAACAAUUAAAACUUGCUAUGAAUGCAAAUGAAGAAACUACGAAGACAGUUAAGGGUACGGGCAUUGCUUCUACACAGCAAGAAAAAGAUGCAGCAGGACUUCUUCAUAACACAUUUGAACUGAACCAAAAGGAUAUUGACAACAUAGAUGGUGACAAAGAGUUAACACACAUUAAGAAGGGGGUUUAUAUCAAUUCAUUAGCAUACAAAGAUGCUUUCAAAACCGAUAAUUGUCCGUCAUUUUUUACGAUUAUGAAUCGAGGUAUUGAUGGCGAAAAUGAUUUGUUAACCCGGUGUGUGAAAAAGAUUGCUGGCUCAGAAGAGCACCCUCUUUCUUCAAUUAAAAAAGAAGUCGUGGAGGACGAAUUCUAUAAAUUUCUGAAUAUAAAUAUAAAUAUAAAUAUAAAUAUAAAUAUAAAUCCAAGAAUGAUAAUGAAAGCAAUGGCACAGGAAGUUAAAUUUAAACUUCAGUUUCUUAUUACUGUUAAGCGGCUUAAAAGAGGACAAGUGUCGUUGGAAAAGAGCAAGGAGAGCCUUGGAAUGAUGCUAGAAAAAGCGAAACUGUCACUGAACCAGCAGCAUAUUCAAAAGGAGGACAAGGCAUCACAGACGAUAGAAGAAUCAAACGCGGUGACGACAAGAACACUAAAUAAGCGUAAGGCAAUAUCACCAAGCCAGGUAGAAGAGCGACACGAAAGCUACGCUAAAAAAACGAGAAAAAAUAAGGAAGUUGCCUCUGUGGAAGUCCAAUCACAGGUGUCCCCGGAAGAAAAGGCAGACCCACCCUGGCUGGAGGUUAUUACCAUGAAGAAGAAAAAAAAAAAGAAGAGAAAAAAGGAAAUACGCGAAAGCAUUGGUGCCAAGAACAAAAAUGCUGACUCUAAUCUGACGGUGAUUGGUAACUGCGUAAAUAAGAUACGCCAAACGGUGGCAGAAGAUCUUCUUUUGGAGCUACAACGCACCAAAGAAGUGAAAACGCAGGAACUUCAAGAAGCGGUUAAAGCAGCGCUGGCAAAAGAAGCCACAAUCAAGAGGCUUCAGCAUAAAUUGGUCUUUGAAAUAAAAGACCUGGAAAUGCUUACCUCUGAGCAGGAUAUUCUAGAAGCACUAAGUAGAGAGUUUCCAGGAAAGAAGGAAAUAGUAGAGGAGACGUCCGUAAAGACUCUUCGGGAAACUCGUGGAGAUACGCAGACUGCCGUCGUACAGCUGACUGCCCAUAUGGCACAAAAGUCGAAGUAG